AUGACUGUGUACAUUUGUCCAGAAACUGGAGAUGAUGGUAAUGAUGGUAGCGAAUUGAAACCUUUAAGGACGCUUUAUCAAGCGAUGAUAAUUACUAAGUCUUCAAAAGGUGACUUCUUAAUAAGGACUACGAAGGAUGGAAAACAAAUAUGGGAAGUUGCUUCAAAGACGGCACUGAAGAAAAGUUGGAAACGUUACGAGCAAGAAAUGUUGAAGAAUGAAAAAGUUGCUGCAAUGAGAAGGAUGCGACAGAAGUGGGAGUAA